AUGUUUAUUAAAUAUUCUCUAUGGAAAAGUAUUUUAUUAUUUCUUUCAUCAUUAUAUUUGGUAAUAGCCGUUAACAAUUAUCGUGAAAAUCUCGCCCAACGUCAUCCAUGUUAUUCGAUAAACAAACGACUUGUACCAUACAUCAAAUGGACUGAAAAACUUGCUAGUACUCAAUAUAAAGUUCAAAAAGAUGCUUGCGGUCAAACUGGAUCUGGUCCAGCAUGUUGUACAAAUGAAAUAUUUAAUUCCUAUGCAUUCUCACUUGCUAAUGAUCUUAAAAAUUUAUUUGAUACUAAAUUAGACCAAUUAACACAAUUUCUUUCAUUAUCAAACAAAAAACUUGAUAAUCGAAUAAAAGAAUAUAUAAGAGAAUUUCGUCAUAUAACAAUUUCAUCUCUAGAAACUUUAUUUGGUACAAAAGAAUAUCAUUUAAAUAUUCAGCAUUCAAUAUCAACUUUAUUUAAUAUUCUCGGUGAUCAUCAAUCAACUGUUGAUGAUGUAUCGAAAUCAGCUGUUAAUUUAUUUACUCAACUUAUUAUAUCAUCUUAUCGUCGAUUUAUGACAAAUAAUGAUGAUUUAAUACUUGAUGAUAAUUUUAAAAAAUGUCUUGUAACUAAAGCAUUUGAUAUUGAAGCAUUACCUACACAACGUGAAUUACUUUAUACAUUAACAAGUACAACUUCAUUAAUAGAAAUUCUUCGAACAUUAUUUAUUUAUAUUGAUACUGAUAUUCAACGAUUAAAAACAACAGUAACACUCAAUUCCCAUCAAUGUCUACAACGAUAUGUAAGAGAAACAUUAUGUCCAAUAUGUGUUAAUAAACCAUCAUCAUUAUCUUCAUCUAUGAAUUAUGAUAAUAAUAAUAAUAAUAAUGAAUCUUUAUGUGAAAAUGAUUGUCAAUAUGUAAUUAAAACAUGUUUUAAUGAAACUAGUAAUCCUUAUGUUACCUUCGCUAUAAUUGCUCAAGGUUAUGCAAAUAUUAUUAAACAAAUUCAGGAAUCUGUUGUCGAACUAAAGGCUGUCGAACGUCUUUCAAAAUUGCAUAUUUAUCUAUAUGAUAUGGUUGUAAAUGCAACAAAUACUCGACAAACAUACCAUCAAUUACAAAAUGCUUGUCCUAAUUCAAAUGAAAAACCUUUUAAAGCUAUUGUUUCAUUAUCACCAAUAGCAAGUGAACGACGUGAACUUGUUAAAAAUUGGAAUGUAUCAUUACAUUUUAUGCUUGAUCAACUGCAAUCAUCAAUUGCCAAUCUGAAUACAAGUCUUACGCAACAGAUAACGACUAAUAUUUGUUCUAAUACAAAUUAUGCUGUCAAAUCAAGUCGAUGUACACAAAUUGAUCAGCAUGCGCCUGGAAGUUUUAUGCAAUGGCCACUUCCACCGUUGGAAUCAAGUUCACAAAUAGCAUCAAAUUUAACUACUCAAUCAAUAAAUAAUCAACUUGAUGAAUUAAAAAAAAAGAUGACACAUGUACAACAAGUGAUUAUUUCACUUCGACCAAAGAAAAAAACUCCGCUUUUUGAACAUUUACCCAAUUUUGAAUAUGAUAAUGAAGUUGAUACUAUUGAUAAUGAUAUUCAAUCAUCAUCAUUAUUUGAAACAUAUGAAAUCGAAAAUCAAGAAUCACUUAGUGAACAAAUCUAUAAAGAAAUUGAUGGACAAACUACACGUAUGUAUUCUAGACAAAUAAUAAUAGAUCAUGGUCAAGUAACUGAACUAAUUUCAAAUGUUUUGGUUUUUUCUAUAUAA